UACGUAUUUAAAUUAAACAGGACUUCCCCCAUCCCUUCCCUGCACUGGUGGUUUACCUGCGAGUCACAUGUCCAGUGUUUGUGUUAGCGUUACCAGAAGGUCCGGGAAGAGUGUGUGUUUCAGUGAACCCACCGGUCACUAACAGCGUGGAUUUUGUUAUGAGGAGCCAAGACUUGGCAGAGAGACUUGCAAGACCAAAAUACCAUGAACGAUGUGCUAGUAUAAGCUGACCACCAAAGCGACUAAAGUAAACCAAGGGAAGACGCCUUGGGGUCUCUAUGGCGAACCAGGAGCCCACCGACCCCUCGCAUGCUCUGUUCGACCUCUUUGUUGGAGCCAAAACCUGCAGGGAUGUGCAGCAACACUUUUCGGCACUGUGCGUGCAGCUCCAAGUGGAUCCCAAGGACUACAGGGUCUUUUACUCCAAGCUGAAGGAAAGGCUGAACUACUGGAAGGCCAAAGCCCUGUGGGUGAAGAUAGAUAAGAGGGCGUCACACAAGGACUACCAGCAGAGGAAGGCCUGUGCCAAAAACAAGUGUCUGGUGCUGGGGGCCGGACCAUGUGGGCUGAGGGCCGCCGUGGAGCUGGCCCUGCUAGGGGCCCAGGUGCUGGUGGUGGAGAAGAGGGCGUCCUUCUCCAGGAACAACGUGCUGCACCUGUGGCCCUACACCAUCUACGACCUCCGAGGGCUCGGAGCCAAGAAGCUCUACGGUCGAUUCUGCACCGGGACCCUGGACCACAUCAGUAUUCGCCAGCUGCAGCUCAUCCUGCUGAAGGUGGCUUUGGUCCUGGGGGUGGAGGUGUUGACUGCGGUGGAGUUCCAGGGUUUGGAGGAGCCCUCCGGGAACAAAGGUUGGACGGCCAAACUGCAUCCUAAUCCCCAUCCUACGCUGGUCUUUGAAUUUGAUGUCUUUAUUUCUGCUGGAGGGGGGAGCUUUCUCCCUGAUGGCUUCAAGCACAAGGAGCUCAGGGGGAAGCUAGCGAUCGGCAUCACGGCCAACUUCACCAACAGACACACUGCGGCCGAGGCCCAGGUGGCAGAGAUCAGCGGAGUGGCCCGCAUCUACAACCAGAAGUUCUUCCAUGAUCUGCUCACUCAAACAGGUAUUGAUUUAGAAAACAUUGUUUACUAUAAGGACGACACCCACUAUUUUGUGAUGACUGCCAAGAAGAAGAGUCUGUUGAAGAAGGGUGUCAUUAAGCAGGACUACAGCGACGCUGAGCAGCUGCUGGCCCGGGAGAACGUGGACCAUGACGCCCUGUGGCGCUACGCCUACGAGGCCGCCAACUUCUCCACCAACCGCCAGCUGCCCGACCUGGAGUUCGCCACCAACCCCGCGGGGCGGCCCGACGUGGCCAUGUUCGACUUCACCUGCAUGCACCGCGCCGAGCACGCCUCGCUGGUGCGGGAGCGCCGCGGCAAGAAGCUGCUCAUGGGCCUGGUCGGGGACAGCCUGGUGGAGCCCUUCUGGCCCCUGGGAACGGGUAUUGCCCGGGGUUUCUUUGCUGCCUUUGACACUGCGUGGAUGGUGAGAAGCUGGGGCCUGGGAAUCCCCUACCUCAAAGUGCUGGCUGAGCGAGAGAGUGUCUACCAGCUCCUGUCCCAGACCACCCCGGAGAACACCAACAAGAACUAUACGUCCUACAGCAUCGACCCCACCACGCGGUACCGGCACGUCAACCUGUCCGCCAUACAGGUGCACCAGGUACAGCAGCUGUACGACGUCAACGACAAGUCCCUUCCUACGAGCAAGAAGAACAAAGCCGCUCACUUACGACAAGAUUCGGCGGGUGGUGUGGAGGAUCUGUUGAGGUGGUGUCAGAAGAACACGGCGGGCUACGCCGGAGUAGAAGUGAAGGACUUCACCCUGUCGUGGACCUCGGGCCUAGCUCUGUGCGCCCUGAUCCACCACUUCAGACCCCAGCUCAUUGACAUGUCGUCUCUGAAUGAGUCCAAUGCGGUUCACAACCACCAACUGGCCAUGGAUCUUCUGGAGCGGGAGCUGAGCAUCUCCCCGGUGAUGGCCGCCAGCGCCAUGGCCAGCAGUGGCCUGAUAGACAAGCUGUCCAUGGUGCUGUACCUCACCCAGGUCCACGACGGCUUCACCAAGAACAAAAAAGAGCCUGCAGACGUCCUGGACCUGCCCAAGCCCCUGACUCUGUCGCGGGCGCAGUCUGCCGUCUACUUCCUGAGCAAGCUGAAGCACAACUCUCUGCAGAGACGCAAGGAGAAGCUGGCCUCACAGAGACAGGAGAAGACCAACAUGGGCGAUGAGACCUGCCCUGCAGCCCCCCCUGUUGCCCCGGAGGGGAACCAGGGCUCCGGUGUGAAGGGGGACAUCGAGACGGACGCAGCCCCGGCGCUGGGCAGCAGCAGCGAGGACUGCUACAGCUGUGGCCAGCGGCUGUACCUCCUGGCCCGCGUCAACGCCAUGGGGAAGUUCUUCCACCGCGACUGCUUCACCUGCCACAAGUGUGGACACCCGCUGAGGCUGGGCGGCUACACCUUCCACCAGACCACAGGGUUCUUCUACUGCGAGCUGCACUCCGAACACCUGGGCCCCGAGAACGGUUCCGAGGACUCCUCUGAUGAGGUGUGUGCAGGAGGAGACGGUCCAACGGAUGAAGAGAACAGCACUUCUAGUGAUGAAGACGUUCCCUCCCCCUCAGACGAGGAUCUAGAACACACGCUAGACUCUGGACCCACACGGCCACAUCCAGUCCAGGGAGAUCAACACCAGACCAUCCCUGGACCUAUAGGGAACCCCCAGUCCCCUGCAAAGCCCCCUCAUGCUACCGGGAUGGUGGCGCCCAUUGAAGAGGAAGAGGAGGAGAAGGAGAAGACCACCAUGCCCAACGCGUCCCCUCCUACCCCAAAGCCCCGCGUCUCCAAGCAGAACCAUCCCAGCCCGCAGCCCUCGCCUCCGGUCCCCAAGCCGCGAACCCUCCACCUGGUCGACCACCUAGCCGACGACGAAGACCCCGGAGGGUCCCCUGAGCACCAGGACCGGCGGUCCCCCUGCCAGAAGGACUCCCGGCCCAAGCAGUCUCUGCGGAAGCUGCAGCUGUCGGAGGAGGAGAAGUGCCAACUGGUGAACCUCCAGAGCUUCAGCGCCGACUCGGACUCUGAGACCCCCGGGGGGUCUUCCAGCUGCUCCUCUUCGUCCGCGGCCACGGCAGGGGGGCCGAGCCCCCCCAAGCCGGCAGGGCAGGGCCAGGGCCAGGACCCGGGGCAGGAGGAGGAGGGCUACUGGAGCGGCAGCACGGUGCAGCGCGAGAAGAGGAACCGCCGCUGCUUCCGCAGGAAAGAGGAGCCGGGCGGCCAGGCCAAGACCAGGGUCCGCUCCAAGUUCUCCCCCUGGAACCUCUCGUCGCCCCGGCUCAGCAGAGACCCCCGGCUGAGCGUCCUCACCCCCCACCCGGGCAGAGUGGAGACAACUUUCAGACAUGGCCACAGCACUUCAGAAGAUGGGGCUGAUGAAGAGGAGGACGAUGAUGAUGACGAUGACGAAGAUAUGAUGUUUGGGAGAGACGACAUCGAAUUCCCUGACGAGAAGCCCUCUGACCCCGUCGAAGCAGAGAAGUUGGAACUGAGGAAGAUGAGGACCCUGGAGCGAAGAGCCAAGAUGACUGAACUACAGCGCUUCCGAAAUGCCCAGUCCAUCCAGAGGAGGCUGGAGGAGAUCGAGGUGACCUUCAAAGAGCUGGAGGAAAAAGGCGUGGUGCUGGAAAGAGCUCUGAGAGGGGAGCCAGGAAGUGGAGGUUCUCCUGAGAUGAUCGAGCAGUGGAUACAGCUGGUCCACGAGAAAAACGCAGUGGUUUCUGAGGAGUCCGACCUCAUGGUGGCGUCUCGACAGCUGGAGCUUGAAGACCAACAGGGCAUACUGGAACUGGAGCUCAGGAAGUACAUGGAACUGAGCGACUCUGAGAAGACGGCGGAGCAGCAGGCGGAGGAGGAGCGCAUCCUGCAGCAGAGGAUGGAGGUGGUGGACAUGAGGGACUCCCUGGUGGCCUUCCUGGACGAGAAGCGUCUGAAGGAGAUGAGCGAGGAGCAGGAAGCCUUCACCCUCAGGGAGGCCAAGAGACACUCCAAGGCGGGGGCUCAGGUGCACUGGGAGUAAAGGGGCUGGGGGGGAAGCACCAAAAUAGAGAGAGGGACACACACACACACACACACACACACACAUACACAUACACAUACACAUACACACACACACACACAUAUUUGGGAAAGGGAGGGGUCCUCUUGCCAGUGACAUGAUGACAAGCUUCUACAAAAAAAAGAUGCCAAAGAUGGUCCUCACAGGGGGGGAGGGGAGAGAGUGGAUGGAGAGAUUCCCCCCCCCCCCCCCCCCCCCAAACCAGGUUGUGGCGUGUGCACACCCAGAUCCCCAGGGAUUUGGCCCUUUGAGAAGCAUCAACGUUCUGUAGGACUGAAAUAAAUAAGGAAAUGAAAAGAUGCCAGGAUAUUUGUAUAUAAAGUGAAUGCCAUAGAGAUCCUCAUGUUGGAAGUGUCAGAGCCUGUGUGGUUUUGGAUAAGAAUGCGAUGAAAAAUAAUCGCAUCUGAUGUAUUACUGCGAGAAUCAGUGCUUCUAAACGCUGGGGCGUGUUAAACACAAAAACUACUAUUGUUCUUUUUCUAUACUACAUAGAAGUCCUUCUAGCGGUGACCUGGUCUUAAAUAUAUAUAUUAUGUUCUAAAUAUAUAUAACAGAUGAUGUGACAAAGCGUUUAAUUCACAGAUACUUUUUUAUAACUUCAUCGUCAUUGAUGUAGCGGUUCCACUUUCUUUGCUUUUUCAGAUGCAUGUUUCUAGCUGCUUUCAGGGCUUCAGUUCUCCUGAUCUAGUCUUAGGUUUCUUUCACUGAUGGCCUUUAACUGUUAGGCGGCUCUUAAGGCUGAGCUAACCCUAGGAAACAGAGGUUUACACAGGAGAAAGGGAUGCCAUUUUAUUUCAGCCAUUGACUAUGAGGCUUCAUUUGCAGACCAGAACCUUGUUGUUUCUGGUGCAAAAAAAACAUUUUCAAGCUAAGGAGAAAGACCAUGUCAUGUUCUUGAAAAGCCUUAAAUAUUCAUUCUGUCGAAGAUCACUUCACAAAUAUAUAAAAAUAAAGAUCAUGCACUUUG